AUGUUCAGCACAGGCUCACAAGAGAAACAAGCCAUUGUCAUUGAGGCUGCUGAGACCAUGGGGACCCAGCACUUCUAUCCAGGGAGCACAGUAUACCCCGACGAGGUCAUUGAAGUCACCAAGGACAAUCAACUUAUCCACCUUGGACGCAGACGCCAGGAGAGCGUACAGGUCCUCCUAGAAUUUGCUCCUUGCCACGUCACGGCUGGUCAUCUGGAGAGCGUAAACGCUGAUGAUGUUGGCGAAUUUGCCUCCCCAGAGAGGCAGGCGGGGGCUCAUCAGACGAUCAUUAAUGCCCUGUGA